CUUUCAGUCGAGUUUCUUCGAACCGCCCCGUGGGAGUCGAGUUCUUCCUUACUCCGGACAGGUGAAUAUGGAAUGAAGCUACUCCGCAAAUUCUUUGCUCCUUAUAUUAUAAUUGCCACUAGAUCUUUUAGGUGAGAGAAAGGUUCAAAGAAGAUUUCCCUUUCAUCUUCUUCUUCAUUUUGAUAUUGAUAGGGAUCCCCAUUCAUUCCUAGAUUCCCGUCACUACGGAUUGAUUGUCCCUACCUAACUACAUGGUAGUGGUCUAGGGAGCGCAAUUGCUAGAGCACGGGAGAAUGAAUAGUAAUGAUUUCAGCAAGAGCAGCCGGACGGACUACUAUAGUGAGUCUAGUGACUACGUCAGUCGAGUUGAGUCAAAAGGUAUGGUAUAGCAGCCUUUCCGAGCGAGCCUCUGGGAUCUCCUGUAAACCCCCAUGAUGUGGUAAAGGGAGGAUAUUAGGGGAAGCAGUGAGUGGAGAUUCCCCUGCAGAGAGCCGGAUGAGGGGAGACCUUCACGUCCGGUUCGGAGGGCGGGGAUAUCCCGACCCUACUAUCAUUAUGCCUUUGCAAUCUUACUUGGUUUAACUCUAUUUGUGACCUUUUCUCGUAUGUGGGACUCUCUAUCUUCUUGGGUAGAUAAUCGAUCGUCUUUCAUUUUGAUAGUGAGUCGUUUUUCUCAUAAUAAGUAAAGAAGAAGAUCUGGAGGUUAUGCAAUAGACCGUGUUGGAGAGAAAGAGGAAGAAAGGGAACUUCAAGACUCAUAAGUGCUCUUUCAGUUUCAUUCUCUCUUUAGAGCUCCUCUAUUCAUUGAUUCCUUCUUCAUAUCAACUUCUUAGUUUCCCACUAGGCGGGAUCUCCGCGAAGCUGCAGGAUGGCUUGGUAAGCAAGCAAGCAGUUAUGUAGGCGCCAACUCCAAGUUCUUUCUCUUCUUUCUUUUUGAUUUGGACUUGGUUGGCAGGGUCAGGGCCUUUCUCGCUGGGCGAGCGCAUCCGAUUCUCAAGUCCUUUCCUAAACCACUUCCCGUUCAGUUGCUGAAAUCUCGAGAAAAGCUUGAUAAAUGAGAUGGAGUUCCACGAAUAUGCAGGCUAGAAAGAUGCUAUUUGCUGCUAUUCUAUCUAUUUGUGCAUUAAGUUCGAAGAAGAUCUCAAUCUAUAAUGAAGAAAUGAUAGUAGCGAGUUCUUUUAUAGGCUUUCUUAUAUUAAGUCGGAAGAAUUUAGGUAAGACUUUCAAAGCGACUUUCGACGGGAGAAUCCAGGCUAUUCAGGAAGAAUCGCAGCAAUUUCCCAAUCCUAACGAAGUAGUUCCGGAGGAAUCCAAUGAACAACAACGAUUACUUAGGAUCAGUUUGCGAAUUUGUGGCACCGUAGUCGAAUCAUUACCAAUGGCGCGCUAUGCGCCUAAGUGCGAAAAGACAGUGCAAGCUUUGUUAUGCCGAAACCUAAAUGUGAAGUCAGCAACACUUCCAAAUGCCACUUCUUCCCGUCGCAUCCGUCUUCAGGACGAUCUAGUCACAGGUUUUCACUUCUCAGUGAGUGAAAGAUUUGUCCCCGGGUGUACGUUGAAAGCUUCUAUAGUCGAACUCAUUCGAGAGGGCUUGGUGGUCUUAAGAAUGGUUCGGGUGGGGGGUUCUCUUAAGAAGAAAUCAGACAAAUAGAAUCUAAUUCAUUUCAUGCUAAGAGAAGAGCGAAUCCAAUACCAAGACGAAUUCUCAGGAAGUGCAGCAAGUACUUGAGUCAUUUUUUGGUAUCAUGCCCCACGAGUGAGUUGCCAAGUGCCCCCUAGCCUAAAAGGGCAGUCUACCACAAGAUCGAGUGGAAGCCUGGAGCCAAACCCGGAGCCCCUCUUUCUUUUCUUUAUUCCAGACGGUAGCCUUGUGCAUUGAUUAUCGGGCGCUCAACAAGGUAAGCUAACCAUCAAGAACAAGUAUCCACUUUGCCCUCUCCUUUCAGUCGAGCCCUAAUCAAUGAAAUAAAGGCGAGAUACUUCGAGAAGUUGGAUCUACGGUCGGGCAACUACCAAGUGCGUAUCGCGGAAGGAGACGAGCCAGACCUGUGUGACAAGCAAGCAAGCAACCUAAUAAAGGGGCAUUUUCUUUGGUUAUGCCUUUUGGACUCACCAAUGCCCCUGCCACGUUCUGCACCCUCCACAAUGAGCUAUUCCACCCUAGACGACUGGUGAUAUACUUUUUGGGCUAUAGCUAUUCGUUAAACGACCACCCACGACCCCUUGUUCAUUGAGGCGGUAUUAAGGAAGAAGAACCUCUAUGUAAAGACGGAGGGGAGAUCCUCUUCCUAGGGCAUUGGAUGAGCAUCAGAGCCAUCGAGGAGUGGCAAGCACCUACCAAGGUGAGUGAGCUAAGAUCCUUUUUAGGGCUCGUGAACUAUUACCGAAGAUUCAUGGUAAGUUACUCUCAGAGGUCUGCUCAACUCUUUCAUCUCCUAAA